AUGGCGGCGAGGAAACUACAACAAGAAGUCGACAAGUGCUUCAAGAAGGUGGCGGAAGGUGUCUCCGAGUUCGAGGCUAUCUACGAAAAGAUUGAGCAGUCAAAUAACCCGGCUCAAAAAGAGAAGCAAGAAGACAACCUCAAGCGCGAAAUCAAGAAGCUGCAAAGACUGCGCGACCAGAUCAAGACAUGGGCCGCCAGCAACGACAUCAAGGACAAGGCUCCCUUAUUGGAGCAUCGCAAACUGAUUGAGACGCAAAUGGAAAAAUUCAAGGCCGUGGAAAAGGCCAUGAAGACGAAAGCAUACUCUCAAGCGGGUCUCUCAGCCGCAGCGAAACUAGAUCCCAAAGAGCAGGCCAAAGUCGAGGCCUGUGACUUCCUGAAUAGCAUGGUUGAUGAACUGGAGCUGCAGAUCGAGUCGCUAGAAGCCGAAAACGAGUCUAUACAAGCUACGAUGAAGAAAGGGAAGAACAAGAUCGUCCAGGAGAACCGCAUGGCCGAGAUCGACCGGAUAAUCGAGAGGCACAAGUGGCAUCAGGGCAAACUGGAGCUGAUUCGAAGGACGCUCGAGAACGGAGGCAUCGAUACCGACGAUGUCACCCUCCUCGAGGAACAAAUCCGCUACUAUGUGUCUGAUGGCAUGAACGAGGACUACAUGGACGACGAUGAAAUAUACGACGACCUAGACCUUGAGGAGGAGGAAGGUGUCUUUGGCAUGAACCAGGAUAACGAGAAGAACUCAUCUCAGGAUACUCAGUCUAUACAAGACGAUACCCAUGAUCUCGAACUGCCGGUCAAACCAAGGAAAGCAACCAAAGACUCCGACUCCACCACGUCAACACGAACGAAAUCCGCGCAGUCCAAAUCACCCUUACCGGCAUUGGCAACGCUGCAUACUCCGCUAUCAACAAUAGGUAGUGGGGGUAGCGGUAGCCCUGCCAUGAAGCCUGCCUCUAUCCCCACGAGGCCUGCUGGAGAGGGACUCAAGUAUGCGUCUGCCGCAGCCGCAGCCGCAGCCGCAGACAAGAACAACGUCGGCAUUGCUCCUCUGCCGCCGCCACCAGGGGUUGCUGCCGGCAUCUCGCCAUUACCGCCUGCGCAGUUGAAGACGAGCGCAACGAAUUCUCCGGCUGUCUCGUUUGUUCAGCCGGCUCAGGCACCCGAACCCAAGCAAGCUACACCUAUUGUCGCCCCCGCAUCUACCUCCACGCCCGCGCCCGCGCCUCCUGCACCUGCAGAGAACGCCGAGCCCACGCCAAGUACGAAAGCGGCAAAGAAGUCUAAAGCGUCAGGAAAACAGCCGGCGGUAUCUGAUAUACCGCCUGCUGAGUCAUCAGCUGUCCAAGCAAAUGGCUCCACCAAUGGUGUCAAGUCUCCUACGGAAGAGACCGAGGAGGAAUCCAUCUAUCACCUCCCUGCGUCCCUACAGGACCUCGUUGAGUCGUAUGAGACAUCACGAAAACGCCCGUAUCAGCCCUUAUCACCUUCGACCCUGAGCUUGAUGAAGGCGAGCCAGCUGAGCUACCCCAGCGCUUUUGAAGCCGACGUCCCGCGAACAUACCGUCCCGAUAUGCCUGUGCCGCAGACUGGUUCUGGGUUCCCCACCCAGCCGCUGCCCAUAUUCGAUGACCCCCGACUGUACUCGAGGAUAGAUCCCGACACUCUGUUUUACGUUUUUUACUACAAGCAAGGAACGGCACAGCAGUAUUUGGCUGCCAAGGCACUGAAAGAUCAAAGCUGGCGGUUCCAUAAGCAGUACCAAACAUGGUUCCAACGGCACGAAGAGCCCAAAAAUAUUACGGAGGAAUUCGAGCAAGGCACCUACCGGUUCUUUGACUACGAGAGCACAUGGAUGAACCGAAGAAAGGCUGAUUUCAAAUUUGCUUACAAAUUUCUUGAAGAUGACAUUUAG